CUCUGUUUCCAUUUCAGCAUUUUUGGAGUUGUACUGGGUCAGCUUGCAUAGAGCAUCAUAGGAGGUAGGAGGAGGACACGAACACAAACACAUCUCUGAGAUUGAUGUCUCUGUGUGUUUUCCUUUGAGGCUUGAGCAUAGCCUUUCUUAGUUGAGCUAAGUUGUCGUGUUUUUUUAGGCAAAAGGGUUGGCAUUACUCUCUUUCUUUGUUUGGUGUACCCACAAGCUGAUCAAUCUAGGGUUCAAUAGGGGUGUGUGUGAUCUGGUUCCUGUGAUCUGCCCCUUUUUUUGGCACUUUUAAUUUCUGGGUGUUUUGGGUUUUGUGUUUAUGAGGGGGUUUUGAGUGGUAAAGUUGUGAUUUUUAGGUCUAGUUUGAGAAUUGGUCAUCUGGGUCGAGGGUGGAUUUGAAGGUUGGGGUGUUGGGCAUUGCUUGAAGGGGUGUUAGGGAUUUUGGGGUGGGUUGGUUUUGAUGAUUUGUGCUUUUGAUUCUUUAGGGCUUGCUGCUAUAGAUGGGGUUGGGUGGUGCUGAGAAUGGAAAAGUAGUGGUGGAGUCUUUGGAUGUGUGUAAAUCAAAGGGGAGGAAGAAGAAGAAGAAAGAGGAUGGGGAAGUUGAAGAGGAAGAAGAGACUGGGUGUUGGUUUAGGUUGAGGUUCAUUGGGAGCUGCAUUUCUUCAAGAUCCAAAGUUGAUAGCUCAGUUAGUGGCACCAGCACUAAUUAUGCUGAAAGUAAAUCAACUAUUGACACAAGUAGAGAUCAACCAACACUCCGAGUAGUCUCUUCGACAACCACUAGUAAUGCCGAAAGCAAUUCAUCCACUUCCAAACUUGAAGAGGAGCUUAAAGUUGCAUCCAGGCUGCGAAAAUUUGCAUUCAAUGAUCUUAAAUUAGCAACAAGAAAUUUUCGGCCUGAAAGUCUUCUUGGUGAAGGUGGCUUUGGUUGUGUGUUCAAGGGAUGGAUUGAAGAAAAUGGAACUGCUCCAGUGAAACCUGGCACGGGGCUUACUGUUGCUGUAAAAACCCUCAACCAUGAUGGGCUCCAGGGUCAUAAAGAAUGGCUGGCUGAGGUAAAUUAUCUUGGUGAUCUAGUUCAUCCACACCUUGUUAAACUUAUUGGUUACUGCAUUGAAGAUGAUCAAAGGUUGCUAGUAUAUGAAUUUAUGCCACGGGGAAGCCUGGAAAAUCACUUGUUUAGGAGGUCCCUGCCUCUUCCAUGGUCCAUUAGGAUGAAAAUUGCACUUGGAGCUGCAAAGGGUCUUGCUUUUCUUCAUGAGGAAGCUGAACGACCAGUAAUAUAUAGGGAUUUCAAAACUUCCAAUAUACUAUUGGAUGCAGAAUACAAUUCUAAGCUCUCAGAUUUUGGACUUGCAAAAGAUGGUCCAGAGGGUGAUAAAACCCAUGUGUCUACUCGAGUGAUGGGAACCUAUGGUUAUGCAGCACCAGAAUAUGUCAUGACGGGACAUCUUACAUCAAGAAGUGAUGUGUACAGUUUCGGAGUGGUACUACUUGAGAUGUUGACCGGCAGAAGAUCGAUGGACAAAAACCGGCCCAACGGUGAACACAACCUUGUGGAAUGGGCUAGACCACAUCUGGGAGAGAGAAGAAGGUUCUACAAGUUGAUAGACCCGCGCUUGGAAGGUCACUUUUCCAUAAAAGGGGCUCAGAAAGCUGCGCAUCUGGCCGCUCACUGCCUUAGCAGAGAUCCAAAAGCGCGACCCUUGAUGAGCGAAGUUGUGGAAGCUUUAAAGCCUCUGCCAAACCUCAAGGACAUGGCUAGUUCGUCUUAUUAUUUCCAGACAAUGCAAGCCGACCGAUUUAGCGUGAGUCCAAAUACCAGAAACGGGAGAACACAAGGAGCGUUGCUCACCAGAAACGGGCAACAGCAAAGGAGCCUAUCAAUUCCACAUGGCACUCAUGCAUCUCCAUAUCACCAUCAGUUUCCACAACCAUCACCUAAACCCAAUGGCAAGGCAUAGAGUUGAUGAUGAUGAUGAUGAGUUUUCAUUUUCUUUGUCACCACCCUUUAUUUUUCAUCAUUUCUCAUUCCCUAAGUAUAGAUGUCACUUGUGCCUAGCCAUUUGUUCAUGGACAACUUGAGAGCAAAAGAAGCAUGCAUGUAUGUAUGCAUGCAUGCUUCUUUAUGGUGUAUGUUUAGUGUUGACCUUAGGGCAGGUGAAAGCUUAUUCUGCUGCUACUAUCUCUAGUGUCAAAUUGUCAACCGAAAUGUUUCUUCAGGUUGUUUCAAAAUAUUCAAGAUUAUUAACUCAAUUUUUUAUUUUUUUUUCAUUUGCCCCCAGAAAUGUCGUCUCUUGGUUUGGUUAUGCUUACUUGUGCUAUCAAACAAUGCGGCUCCUUAAAUUAUCUACAGGCUCUUCCUUAUGGAAAGAUGAGAAAGAAGCUUCAUUGCAUUAAA